GAUGGAAAUGCGAAUGUUUCUUCACGAAAAAGGAGUCGUCAUCGCCUGCGGCAGGAGGUAUUUAUUUAUGUAUAUCCGAGGAGAUGCCAUCCAUGUGCAGAGCUCCCUGGUCCAAACCAUACCUCUAGUAAACACCCGCCUCCCACACCCAGUCCUGUAUCGUUCAACGGGUAGUCAACCGCGUAUUGUAAUUUAUAAGCAUAUAUCCUCGGGAACCUGACUCCGACUCCACGAAAUGUUCUCCGUUCCCAAAACCCAUAACCCAAAACCCAAUAUCACCCCCACCAUCAAAUCACAGGCCUGUUCCCUUUUUCUCUCUCCCCCUCUACGGGCUAGCCGCUACCUUUCGCUUUGCCGAUGAAGUGUGCAACUGACAAGAUAGUCACGGCUCCGUGCCAUCCUCCCACCGGUGGAGGACGGCAUACCGAUUUGUCAUACUGCUGAUGAUGCAAUUGUAGUAUGACAAGACAUGGCAUGAUAUGGCAUGGGUCAUGUCUCUUAAAGAUGAACCCAUCGAAUGCUCUCAAAUUCCCUCUGGAUGAUCUUGUUGUCGAUGAUCACUUUCAGCUUCCAGCGCGGUACCUCAGGCAGCGGCAGAGGGCGCAUCGGCGCGGCAGCAGUAGGGAGGACCAUCUUCUCCUCUUUAGCUUCGCCUUUGCCUUUGUCGCCGUUGUUCAUGGCAGUGUUGGUCAUGAUGGAAGUGUUAGCCAGAUAAGUGGCCACCUGGGCGAUGCUAUCACCACCGUUGUUGUCAGUGUUUUCAGUGGUGGUUGUCUUCUGACCCUCGCCAUCGGAGGAGGUGCCGCUCGCCUCGGCGGCGCGGGCGCGGGCGAGCUUGAGGGCGGCAAUAGAGGCCCUGAUAGAAGCCAAGUGAGCCUUGGGGUCAGCAUUUAGCGUCUCGAGGAGCUUCAUGGCCUUGUUAUGGAUGGCGAAGAACCAAAGCGAGGCGUAGACGCGGCGCUACUGUUUGCUGAUCUCAGUGUUGUCGAUGGCCGGGUAGCCGCUGACUUUGCGGCGGGCACCGGCCGAGGGCAGGGUGAGUUGAAUUCGACUGCUGCCGCGGCGUUGGUAUCUCAUGAGGACACGGCGCAUAUUGUGGUGUUGGGCUAGGAGAGUAACGCUACGGAGAGCCUGCUCCUCGAGGCCGCUUGCGGUGUAGACGUAUUUUCCCAGCGGUGAAGGGACAUAAGGCUUAGCCGGAGCCAUGUCGAAUGUCGAAUGCCCCGGCUGGAAGGAUAGAGUGACAAUCUGGGCUUGAGGGCUUAUUGCUGAGACUGGAGAUGCGGCUGUUGAGGUUUGCUUUGUAGAGCGUACAAAAGCCAAAGUUGAAUAGG